CCGGGCGAAUUCAUCGUGCGGGGAUUUUUGCCCCUUUCACGUCUCCAGAGGAGCCAACCUUACUCUCCAAUCUCUGACCAAGUGGCCGCGCUGCCACCUUGCUUCGAGACCGACGCUCCAACACCUUUCUCCACGGCGACCUUCCGUCCGUCUGAUCCCUCCAUCCUUUACAACUUACCUUGUACUUCCUUCCCUUCAAUGGACUCCUCGCCGCCUCAACGCACGCUGGCGCCUCCUCCAGGGUUGAUGCCGUUAAGCGGCCCGGUCGACAUUGACAUUUCGACGCUAUCGCUCGACGCCGCGGGCCCCAUUGGGUUCCGGUCGAUCGCGCAGCAAUCGCAGCCUGAAGCGGAACCCAUGCUGGAUCAUCACCACCAAAACUUUGCGGCGACAUCGUCGUCGCCCACGGGAAGCAACGGCAGUCCCCGUUCAGUGUCGCCACCACUGUCAUCGUCGCCGACCGUCCUUCCCGCCACCUUUCUCAAAACGAUUUGCGACCAACUUGAAUUUUACUUUUGCGACGACAACCUCUUGGGCGAUCUCUUCCUCCUCAAAAACAUGAACGCCGAUGGAUACGUGAAACUCGAGCUCUUGGCAACGUUUGGCCGCGUCAAGAAACUCACGACGGACCUCGACCUCCUCAAGCAGUCUUUGGAAUUGUCGACCAAGUUGCUUCUCAGUGAAGACUCGUUGUCGGUGUGCCGCAAAGACCCGCUCCCGUAUGACCAGACGUACCACGGCAAGCUCGCGCGGACGGCGAUUGCGUACAACUUGGCAGAGGACGCAUCGAUCGCGUCGCUCAAGGAAACAUUCCGCACGUGUGGCGAGAUUUCGUACUUGCGCCUGCUCAAGAAGAACGGGGUCACGGGGCGCAAUGCCGUGCUCAAGCCGCCAAUUGCUGCUGGUGAAACGUACGCCAUCAUUGAGUUUGAAGACCCCGAUAUGACAAACCAUGCCGUGCUGACGUUAUCGGACCAGUACAACUGGCGCACGGGCAUGCAAGUUGUGUUGUUUGACGGGACAACCGUCGACAAGCUCAAGCAGCGCAUGUUUCCCGUCGAUAUGGACCAGCGCCGCGGCCGGGCCAAGUCGGCCGCCGCCGCAUUCAUGCACGCGCCCAUGUCGUCGCGAUCGGCGUCGUCGUCUGGGUCGGCGCCUGUGCCGACGCCGGUGCACGUGGACGCUGUUGGCGAAGGCCUGAACGACUUGACGGAGGGCAAAGUGAGCACGGGGACGGUCUUUUCGAUCCGCGGCGCGGGCGGACUCAUCACGCCGACGCGCCAGGAUGGCUCGUCCAUCUCGUUUCGGCUUGUGCCAGACGACGACGGCGUGAUUGAUAUUCGCCAGGGUGACUAUGUCAGCUUCACGGUGGGCAAGAACAAAAAAUCGGGCCGCAAGUACGCGUCCAAGGUCAAGCUCGAGUUUCGCCCGCCAACCAACCUCCCUGCCUGGGGCGGCAGCCUCCAGCAAGACAGCCACCGCGAACGCGGCAAUAGCAACAGCAGCGGCCGGUACGAAAUCCCCGCGAGUCGCAACCGUGCCCAGACUGUGGAUGCGGCGACGCCGUCGCUGACCCGCGGCCGGUCCAUCUCGACGGGGCACAACAACCAGCCGCGCCCACGCCUGCCGCUCAAGAGUCCCGAAGCCACCUACCGCAGCACGUCGUCCAACUCGACUGUGUCUACGGCAGACCUGUUCCGCCAAGCAAUCGGUCCCGAUGGUACGCGUGGAUUUGGAGAGCUGCGACAACGCCAGGCGUCGCAGGAAUCGGCUGCAUUUGUACAAGAACUGUCUGGCCGUCGGCGCGCGGCGUCGUCGACGAUGAUGCCUCCCGCGUCGACUCCAUUUUAUUAACUAUUGGCGUGCAUUGUGUUUACCCUGG